CGCCGUGUUUUGCUCCCUGUCCAGUGCACGGUCCAGCGUCCUCUAAUAAGAGUUUUACUUUGGAAGAUGUAACCGGAAGUUUUUUUUGUGGUAGGUUAAUUUGAUAAGAACCGACUUUGCAAAAGAAAGAAUAUCGUGUUUAGAUAUUGUAUUUAAGUAUGCUUUAAUUUUCUUACACACACACAGCUUUCAUUUGAAUGUGUUUUUGCGUAAGAAGUAACCUCUCAACUAACGGUAUCCUCUCUUCUGGAAAGAUACAUUUCGCAAUCUAAAUUUAUUUUGGAAUGUUUACCGGAAGUCCAUUUAUUUAUCUUCCGGUAGCUAACUAACGUGCCUCUCUACUAUGGAUGCCAGCACCAACAGCAACACCAAGACCAAAUCUAGUUAAGACGUCCAUCAAAAUUGUUGUUUUCUAAAUUAUGAACAUAGCUACACCAACAUUAUCGUAGCAUAACUUUGCAGUCGCUGGUAGAUACGUUUACAUUGAGUUAGCUACAGUUAAACUCUGAGGCCAUAUAACUGACUAGCUAACUAGCCUAACGUUAGCAGCUUUUUUGUCGACCGUCGCAGAAGGUAUUUUUUGUACUAUAACGUUACAACGUUAGAUACUCCUGCUGAUGGUAAAUAAGCCAUGGCGGGUCCAUCCUCUCGUGUUCCGGCCACCCGGGACCGACCGCUGUGGCUGGCUGGCAGGAGAGAGUCUGGCGGUGAUGCAGAGUCUGACCGGGACAUAAAAACGCACUUUCGUGUCUGUCGCUUCAUUAUGGAGACAGGAGUGAAGCUGGGUAUGCGCUCGGUGCCUGUGACCACGGCGUGUGUGUUGUACCACCGUUUCUUUGAACGUGUCAGCCUGCAUGCGUAUGAACCCUACCUGGUGGCCAUGAGCUGUGUGUACCUGGCUGGCAAAGUGGAGGAGCAGCACAUCAGGACCCGUGACAUCCUCAACGUAAGCCAUAGGUAUUUCAACAGUGGCAGUGCUCCUCUAGAGUGUGACAAGGAGUUCUGGGAUUUGAGGGACAGCGUGGUGCAGUGUGAGCUCCUUAUCCUCCGACAGCUCAACUUCCACGUCUCCUUUGAACACCCUCACAAGUAUCUACUCCACUACCUGCUGUCUGUGAAGUCGCUCGUGAACCGCCACGCUUGGUCUCGAACCCCUAUCGCUGAGACUUCCUGGGCGUUGCUUAGGGACUGUUACCACGGAGCCAUGUGCAUCCGCCACACACCACAACACAUUGCCAUAGCAACGCUGCACCUAGCUCUGAACAGCUACGGAGUGGAGCUGCCUGUCGGGGAGAAAGAGUGGUGGCAGGUGCUGUGUGUGGACGUGACCAAAGCGGACAUCGACGCUGUGAUCUCUGACCUUCUUCAACUCUACGACAUGGAGGCCAAGUGCAUCUGAAGGACACACCUACAAGGCCCGCACAUUGGGAGACACAUGAGUUGUUUUUGUCUCUCUGUGUGUGUUUACGUGUUUGUGCGGCACGAAUAUAUACGCCUGUGCGUAUGUCAUUCGCUGCAUGCGAGUGUCGGGGGGGUUCAGGUGCGAUUGUGUAAGAGAAAGGAACACUUUGUAUCGCCCAGUUAGUCUGCGAGCUGUGACCAAGAAAAAAAAAACCUGCACUACCGAGUCCUGCCACCGUGGGGAGAUAUUUCUCUCUGUCUUGUCUCUGAUCACCCAGCCCUGCAGAAUACUGAUGUGCUCUAUGAUAUAUCAUCAGCACAAACACAUCCCAGCACUCAACACCAGAAAUCUCUUCACACUCCUCAUGCGUGCGAAUGGGGACUGCAAUUAGACAUGUAUUAUGGAGUGGCGUUGUCCUAACACAUUUCUGCGUCAGCGGAAUACUAGAAUUAGAUCAGUUUUAGUCUUGAUUGUAUGAUACGAAUGCAGACCACCUUGCUCUGUACUAGAUUUCAAGCAUUCACACAUGAAUGCAUUGAUUGGCUAAAUGACCUCUUUAUCUUAAGUGUUCCUGGUGAUUAUAGUGGGACACCUCUUGGUUUACUAAGUCUUGUCUUGUGUGUUUUUACAGAGCAGCCAUUCCCAGAGAUAUUUUCAUGAAUAGGUAACGAGACAGUUUGUACUUUUUAGCGGUGGACCAAGCAGAUGAAUAUGUGGGUAAGUGAUCUGCUGUAUGUUUUACAUCAGGGGUCUGCAACCUGCGGCUCUGGAGCCCCUCUCCAGUGGCUCCCUGUGGCUCUGACAAAAAUGAUAUGAAAAUGAAUAAUGUUUUUUUUUGUUUUUUUUUCAUUUAUUAUUGUUUUGUAUGCCUAAAGUUAUUCUUACAUUCUCCAUUUAGGCUACAUAACAUUUUGGUGCCUUAUCCUCUAAAUUUUGCCAAACUUCAAUGGAGGUCUUGAGUUUCCAUAGACUAGCUAUGGAUUACAAAUUCUCCCAAAAAAAAAGAAAAUGAAGAAAUGAAUAGUGUGUAGAAAGAUUAAUUUGCUUACCGCCAUGCUUGAUCUGCAGCCCAAAAUUGACAAACAUCAAAAAAAGUAAUAGACAUUUCCAUACAUUAGUAAUGUUGUUAGGCUAAUUUAGAUUUAGAUAGACUAUGCUUCCUUCAUUAUAAGGCUCACAUACUGUAUGUGUUGCGGCUCCAGAUAGACCUAUGUUAUUUUUUAGGCCAAAAAUGACUCUUCUGAUGAUAAAUGGUUGUUGAUCCCUGUUUUAGAAUAAUGUUUCUGCGGUUACAAUGAAUUUGGACUGUGUAUUGUUCACAAUUAAACACCCUGAGCUAUCCUGUUUCAAGGAUAUACCCAGUGAUAUUCUGUAUUAUCUUCUUGUCAAUAACUGCCAUAAAAACAACAAUGAAUUGACAAUAUUUAUUGAAGUAUAGUCUGUGUAUGAAAGCCUGUUGUAUUUUCUUCCUCUGUGUCACAGAGCUCCGUUGUUGUUAAAAACACAUCAAUGAGCCACACUGUUGCUCUGGCUGACAUGUUCCUUCAUUGCCAUUAACACACACACACACACACACAUACACUGUAGUUUAUUUGGACUCAAUUCCAAAAACGCUGUCCUGCUGCCCUAAAUACUCGCUAAUUUCAACAAUAUCCCCUAGGAUUAAUAAAGUUCUAUUUUAUCUUA